GUGUUAGCACGUUGGAAAUUGGUGCGGCGGGAUAUUAGUUGUUGUUGUUUUACGUAAAAAUCCAGUCAUACGCAUUGUGGAAAGGAAGAUGGCAUUUUGCAAUAAAAGAAAUAAACUAUAAGGAAGUGCUUAAAAUACUACAUGCAAAUAAACUAGCAAAGCGGUAGUGCAAGUGAUUGAUUCUUGGGAAAAAAUAGUGAAGAAUUGAUACAGGUGUUAAACGAAAGCAGAAAUAGAAUUAGAAAAUAAAAUAUAAACCGAAUGCUAUUUGAAAUCUUUUAAAAGUUAACUAAGUUCAAAUUUUUGAAGCUUUCCGUGGGUGUCUGUUUUAUAAAAAAGUUUAAACAAAUUGUUUUCAUACAAUUAAUUAAAACAUUAAAAUGUUUUAAAACUAAAUUUGUGUUAAAAACGUGAUCGACCGUCUUGCUUCUGUCAAUCUCUUGUGUUUCUGGCAUUUGCAAGUGAGGAGAAAAAAAAUACAUAGGAAAAAAAAACUCGCGCUCCCCCUUGUGCGUAUGCUCACAUCAAUUCUCACUUGCCAUAGUCAGCAAGCUAGCGGGCGCGCGCAUUGCUUGUGCCAUUCAGUGAAUAUUGAAUAGAUUUUAUGAAUGAAUAAAGAAUAACUGUGGCGGUGACGACAAACAACAACGAACGAGCGACCGGCUAGCAGAAAUAUUGUUUUGAUACCAGAUUUCCUUGGCAAACAAAAACUCUAAGAAAUAAAAGUAUCCAACAAUAUAAUCAAAAGGAAGUUACAAAUUUAAUUUCUAAAACAAAAGAUGUGCAUCCUGUUAAUGAACUUUACCAGUUGUAAAUGUUAAUUAAAGCAUCUUGAAAAUAAUUUCUACUAAAGUUUUAAAGUUCAAUGUAAUUGGAAUUUAAAGCAGCGUAGAAGAAAGAAGUCAACAUAAAAUUUUUGCAAAUUUUAUGCGCCAACAACAAAAGUGACAAGCACAAUGUUGCCGACAACAGGAACAGCAACAACCACAGCAGCACCAGCACCAGCACCGCCAACUGCUUCUACGACGACAACAUUAUUUCAUAAAAACACCUGCUCAUCAUUGCUGCCGCCUUUUGUUCGAACCUCAUUAUGCUCAUCUUCCGGCGGCUUUUUUGCCUUCUCGCCACUAUCUGUCAUCGUUAAAUCUGUGAUUUUCUUUUUGGCCUUUGCAACAAGUGCCUGCCUUGCCUCUCAACCCCCCACAUUAGGGGUCCACUUUGUGCGAUCUCCUGAGUCAGCGGUGGCACCCAAGGGAGAUGAGGUGGUCUUUGAGUGUGAAAUGAAUUUAGGUCCCGAACGUUUAGAGUGGAAAUUUCGUCACUCCAGCAAUCGAACGGCAGAUGGAAGUCGAUUUAUUUAUCUAUCCAAGGAGAGUGGCUACAACAUAACCAACGAUGAAAAGAAUUCCAAAUUACGGUUCGUCGUGCAACCCGAGACCUUGGGCGACUAUCAAUGUGUAGCCUGGUAUGGCUCUGCGGCCAUUGCAUCUCUGUCAGCUCGUUUGACUUUGGUCUCUAUAUCGAUAGACAAUUCAAAUGGCUACUCCCGUAAUGCCAUACGCUGGAAUGUGGCCCCGAAAAAUCACAUAUUACUGAGAUGUGGAACGGUCUCAUCCAAUCCUGCUGCCAUAUGGAGUUUUUAUCGCAAUGGUGAAAAAAUACCACAAUCAGAAGUAAUACCAGCAAACGGUGCCUUAGUUCUGAACACUGUGACAGCUAAAGAUUCAGGCAACUAUACCUGUUCGGCCAUGAAUCCCAUAACAAGUCAAGAGGUUAAAUUGCCACAACGCAUUGAUUUGAGGGUGGACUAUAGUGAUCGCACCCCACCCUAUUUUUUGACUCAGCCACCAACGCAGGUGACAGCUAGACCGGGAGAAACGGUGGUCUUGGAAUGCCCUGGUGUAGGUUCACCCCCACCCGUAGCUGUCUGGAGUUCACCCAAUAUUAUCAAUAUGAAUAAUAAUAAUAGGACGCGGUUAUUGCCUUAUGGCCUACAAAUUGUCGAUGUGGUGCCUGAGGAUCAGGCACAAUAUGUUUGCCGUUUGGAUAAUGGCAUAGCCCCGGCCUUGGUACAUGGCAUUAAAUUGAAUGUUUUGGAAAAACCUUCUAUACUAAGGGGUCCAGCUCUUACUUUGACCAAUGAAAGUGAUACACUGGAACUGGAAUGCUCAGCUGCUGGAAAUCCUUAUCCAGACAUUUAUUGGCUGAUAAAUGAUGUGGAUACCACCAUGGAUCCGGAAAUGCAACAUGAUGGGCGGCGUUUGGUUAUACGACAUGUGCAGAAACGUCAUGCGGGUAUAGUGCAGUGCUUUGCCAAAAAUGAAGUGGGAGAGGUUAGCGAUGCCAAUCUUUUGAAAAUAAAUCCCAGACAAAUCCAUGGUUCUUCAGCUUCGGCUGCUACCCCUAGACCCAGAUACGAAGAUGUGGGUGGUGGCACUAAGAAAGGUUCCCGCAAGAAGCAUAAGCCUACCAUGGUGCCACCUUCACGUCCCAAUGUCACUCGUUUAUCCGAUGAUUCGGUUAUGCUGCGUUGGUAUGUGCCCAAAAAUGAUGGUCUACCCAUACAAUUCUUUAAAGUACAAUAUCGCAUGCUGGGCGAUGCUUCGCGCAAAAUUCCCCGAGAAAAUUGGCAAACCACCAAUGAUGACAUAGCCUAUGGCAAACGUAAUACCGAUAUUAGCAAGAAUUAUACAACAUCAGUGACGGGCUUGAAGCCAGAUAGAUUUUAUCGUUUUCGAAUUGUGGCUGUCUAUAAUAAUGAUGACAACAAGGAAGGCAAUACAUCAUCGAAAUUCUUCUUGCAACGUGGUGAUGCUUUGGAUUUAUCUAAAUCGAAUUUACCUAUACCGGAACUGGCACGCAUUGAGGCUUUAUCCGAGUCGGCAGUAAUGCUGCAAUGGUCAUUGCCUACUGCCGCGGCCACAUCACAUAUAGAUGGUUUCUAUGCUUACUAUAGGCCGGCAGCAUCGGCUGGAGAAUAUCAAAAGGCUACAGUAGAUGGUAUGCAUACUAGGAAAUUCAAAAUUGAUAUGUUGGAAGCAGGUACAGCCUAUGAAUUUAAAUUGCAAUCAUUUAAUGACAUGGCUGCCUCGGAGUUUAGUGCUAUAGUACAGGGGAAGACAAAAAAAUCAGUCACCACCCCAGCUCCUACGCUGCCCGCUGUGGUGCCAGCCACCAAAGCCAAUCAAGAGGACAAUUCAAUAUUUCCCGUAGUUGCAGGAGCAGCUGGAGGUGGCAUACUGUUAUUAAUAGCCACCAUAGCAGCUUGUUUGUGUAUGAAAAAGAGAAAGAAUUCUCAAAAUGAAGAUGAAAAUAAACCCCAGCUGGAUCAUAUUCAAGCUGAUUUUGUUACACCUCAAGUACAAGUUUUGGGUGUCAACAAUCAUCAUAAGGGCAAUCAUCGUUUAAAUGGAGUAUUACCACGCAUGAAUAUAACCCCAAAUCCUUUGGCCCAAGAGGCCGAUAAGAAUCGUAAUGUCAUGGAAUUGCGCUUUAUGAGCAACACCAACAGCGCCAGUAGUCCGGCCAACAGUAACAGUAAUACAAACAGCAAUAACAGUUGCCACAACAGUCAGGAGAAACUAAAUAGUUAUAAUGCCGAAGAAGCCCCACAUACACCACCUCAACGUUCCACCUCAUCGUGUGAAACAUUAGAGGCUGUAGACGGCAUAAAUAGUCCUCUAACACCCAAUGGUCUAGAUGCCGAAUCGCCGCUCUCUAAACCUUUGCCACCAUUGCCAAGCAAAAAUACCAACAAAUUAGCAAAUCAUACAACUCCUUCUUCGUUAAAGAACAAUACAGCAUCGCUUUCAAAAAGUAAUCAUCAAAGUAAAUCAUCUACUAAUAAUCUAAAUAAUUCACAGGCUCACUUAGCAUCCCAAGGCAUACAUCAUGCGCAGCCCUAUUAUCAGACUCCUCCAACACCUACCAUGAUGAAUAAGCGGGACUAUCAGCAGCCACCACCAGUGCCACCGCAUCAAAACAACAAUCAUGCGCCCAUGAUGAAUCAUCAUUUGCCGCCCACGGGUCAUCAUGCUCCCUUGACACCUAGCAUGGAACAGCAAAGGCGCACCCUGGAUCGAGGGGUGCGCAAUAUGAAUUACAAUCAAAGUAAUGGUAAUGCCAUGUCACCGCCUUCACAUGAUGCUGCCUUGAAUAUGGAUGGCAUGGCCACCAGAAUACCUUCACUAAGAAGAACACGUCGUACUUCGGGAGGUAGUACCAACAAUGCACUGAAUGCCUUAUCGAAUAAUCCCAAUGGUGGCUUGGGUAUACCCAUUGCUGUCAGUGGCAGCCCUCGAGUACAAAGAUCACCUAUGCCCGCCCGAGCAGCAAUGAUGAAACAGCGUUCGCGUUUGGGCAGUCACAAUGACAAUAUAUCUUCGGGCAGUUUAAACAGUAUUGAAGUGUAGUCUUCUAACAUAAAGUAAAGGAGUCUUCAACAAAAAUUGUCUACGAGUAUGAGUUUUAGAGAAGUGUAAGUUAUAAGAACAAUAGAUAAUUUUUAAUUUAAUAAGACAAUUAGUUAUAAGCUAUAGAAAUCUUUAUUUAAGUUAAUUUUAUAAGGUAAGCCUAAGCCAUACCAGCAUUUAAUUGUGUAAAAUCCUAAAAAAAAAUAUGCUGUUAUGUCUUAGGUAUCACAGAUUUAGUAUAAGUUGUAUAUACAUAUUCCUAUUAAUGUGAGGUGAUAUAAGAAUUUGACAGUUUACAGCGAAGAAAGUUCGGCUCAUAACUUUUCAAUCAUUUCUCAAAAUUUUCAAAAAAUGCGAGUUUUUCUUUUUCAUUUUGACUUAAAAUUGUAUAAAUUUUUACUUCUGUACGCUAUUUCUCUCAAGGGGGAGAAAGUCGACUUUUGUUGGAAAAUGAGUAUAGAUCUUAUAUCGCCUCUACACACAUCAUCGAGACUUUUAUAUUUUGAAGAUCAUAUAUAUUUUGAAUAUUAAACAACUCGAAUCCUAUUUGUAAAAGACUUAAAUCCCAUUAGUUAGUAUAUGUCUGAAUAGAGCAUGACAGUAUGAAAAGCCCAAAAGAUAGUCAAUCUUAUAUGACUAUCUUUUGAUAGCGAAACUAAAAUUCGAAUAUUUUAUUACAUACAUAUAUAUUUCAUUUUAUUGCAUAAUAGUGCUUAAACGUAUGUUGAUAUCUUAAAUUCAUAACAUGGCAAUAUUUUUAACAUACCAGUAUAAUAGGUCACAUUAUAUUUGCACACAAAACAUCGAUCCUUUUGAUGGCAAGAUGGUGAUUUAACCAUAUGGUUUUUAUGUUGUUGUGUGUGACAACCUUUAAAUAAUUCAGCCAUGGGUGUUGUCCUAUCUUACCAUAUUCGGUUCGAACAUCAUGAAUCCUGCUGUAGCUCAUUAUUCUAAAUAACAGCGAUAUAGGCUUUAGACCCUCAAUCGCAAGAUCCGUCUAUAAGGCAGGUAUAUCUAAGUAUGGUCCGAUAUAAACCACACCCAGGUCCUACUUAUCACAGACUGCACUUUUGUACUUUUGUCCAUUAUUGUUAAAUAACAACCUUUUAGAAUAAUUUUACUUAUUUUAUGCCAAAUAAGUCGUUUAAAUUAAGCGACGUCUGCCCACAAUUUAGGCAGCUAAGUUAUGCCGCACGCAAAUUGUUUACCUAAACGCAAAUGAAUUUACAAUUACUGACAAGGGACUUUGCUCAAUGAAACGUCAAAAUUUGCUGUGCUGCCAAAAAUCUUACUGGCCCUUGGGCUACUCAAAAAUUAUUCACCACACUUGACGUCAUAUUUUGACUAUCCCCACAACUUUGCUACCAUUCGACACAUAGCCUUAACAAUAAUGCCUCAUGAAAUUUAUGUUGCAGUAUUAACAAAUGAAAUUUGCAACACUCUCAACUGGUGUGAAUGGUUGAGAUGUUUUCCAUAACUACAAUACAUUAGCAAAAUUUGUCAGUGUAAACAUAGCAUUAGUUCAAAAUGUUAGGAUAAUGAAGUUAUACAUAUAUAUUUGCCUCCACAAUGGGAAUUUAAGACAUCAACAUAUCGUAUUUUGAAAAACAAAAUAUUGAGGCUUAACAUUUUAUUUUCUAAUGCCGAAAGCACAUUAUAAAAAAUGAGCACAGAAACGAAAUAAUAAAGAAAUUUUAGAAAAAAAAAGUUUUCUUAUCGAAUGUAUAUAAAUUAAAAUUUAUAACUAAUUUUGUAUAGACUCUUUAGAGCUUAGUUAAGUUAAUUUAUAAUUUAAAAAAGUAAUCAAAACACAAAUUAUUUUUUUAAGAAUCCAUGUAUGAAACCAAUAACACAAAUCUAUUGAUCAUUGCCGUCCUGUACAUGUUUUAGUUGCACAAACACAUAUAUUUGUCAUUGAGUUUAAUAAUAUUUAAUUAUUUUUUUUUAAUAAUCGGGUGUGUUCUAGUAACUACUUAAAUUUUUCCCGAAAAAAACAAAUUGUAAUUAUUACAUAAACAAAAACAAAUCUUAAUUUCUUAUGAUGAAAAACUUUUCCCAGCUGUAUACAUUUGUGGUGUAGUAAUUUUUAACUUAAACUCCGUUUACACUGCUCAUUAAAUCCGGAUUAAAGGCUCUCGUCAGCUGAUUUUAUUAAGGGAAAGCAGUGUAACGGGGUUUUAAUAUGCUUUAAAAAUGUUUUUCAUCCCGUAACUUAUUCCUUUAGUAUUUUUUCUUUUUUUGUGAAUACUUGGUUAUAAAGCCAAAAAAUAUUAUUUGUGAGCUUGCAUACGAAAAUAUUUUUUUAAAAAUAAAUUUAAUAAAAAAUGUCCAGACCUCACAAUUGAUACAGCUGGGUCUGAAAGGGUUUAUUCAACAAAUUCUAUGAUGCAAAUUAAUGAAAUGUUGACGCUUUAUUUGUGUAAUAACAAAUAGUUUCAACAGGGUGAAAGCGAGAGUGAAUCCUAGAACGCGCCAGAAUGUUUUUAGUCUAUUAAAAGAUUAUCUAAUUAAAAAACUAAGGUAUAUAUUAUUUGUUAAUAAUUAAUUACAAGGUUCAUGUAAAGUGAGAAGUGAAAUAUUUAUUUAUUUUUAAUUAUGUUUUCCAUCAAAAGCGUUAGGGCCAAUUUCUCAAUAACUGGUUAUUACGUAUGGUAUUGUUAAGUUUAUUUUAUGAUUUAAUGAAUGAAUUUUGUUUUGUGAAAAUUAUGUGGCAUAGCAGUUUUUUUUUUUAUUAACACUAAAAAUUCUAAUCAGCAAUUGAGAAAAUUGCCCUAAUGUCUUUAAUAUAAAAGGACACAGUAUGACAAAAUGCCCUCUGGUAAUGCAAGAUAUGAUUUGACCAGAUAUAUUUUAUUAUAAAAUCUUCAUAAAAUAUACCGUUUUUAAAAAUUCUAACCUUUUGGUGAAACCCAUUGUUUUAAGAACAUUUUUUACUGUUACGUAUGUAAUGUACAAAUUUUCGAAGAUUUUUUUUGUCAUCUUGUUCUUUAAGUUUAUUUUUAAAAUACCAUGCUUCCU